UUGUGUUGGGAAACAUCCAUAAACUGACAGUGUGUGUAUCCCAAAUGACACCCUAUUCCCCAUGUAGUGCACUACUUUUGACCAGAGCCCUAUAUACCAUGACCAGAGCCCUAGAGAGAAUAGGGUGCCAUUUGGGACAUGGCAAAGGACUUCCGUUACUGUCAACCUUUGUACAUCCUUCCUAUGUGGUCACUUCUCUAGUGGUGUCAGCUGGUUUAACUGUCACUAUAAUCAUUACUAUAGCAACAGAAGAAAGCAGAAGAGAGCAGCUACAACGUCACACACCAGAAUACUACUGAUAUGCGUAUGCUAGUCAACGGUAGGCAGGCCAUCACCACGACACCCUCCACUGUGAGCGGGAGGCAGGCCAUCACCACGACACCCUCCACUGUGAGCGGGAGGCAGGCCAACACCACGACACCCUCCACUGUGAGCGGGAGGCAGGCCAACACCACGACACCCUCCACUGUGAGCGGGAGGCAGGCCAUCACCACGACACCCUCCACUGUGAGCGGGAGGCAGGCCAUCACCACGACACCCUCCACUGUGAGCGGGAGGCAGGCCAUCACCACGACACCCUCCACUGUGAGCGGGAGGCAGGCCAUCACCACGACACCCUCCACUGUGAGCGGGAGGCAGGCCAUCACCACGACACCCUCCACUGUGAGCGGGAGGCAGGCCAUCACCACGACACCCUCCACUGUGAGCGGGAGGCAGGCCAUCACCACGACACCCUCCACUGUGAGCGGGAGGCAGGCCAUCACCACGACACCCUCCACUGUGAGCGGGAGGCAGGCCAUCACCACGACACCCUCCACUGUGAGCGGGAGGCAGGCCAUCACCACGACGCCCUCCACUGUGAGCGGGAGGCAGGCCAUCACCACGACGCCCUCCACUGUGAGCGGGAGGCAGGCCAUCACCACGACACCCUCCACUGUGAGCGGGAGGCAGGCCAUCACCACGACGCCCUCCACUGUGAGCGGGAGGCAGGCCAUCACCACGACACCCUCCACUGUGAGCCGGGAGGCAGGCCAUCACCACGACACCCUCCACUGUGAGCGGGAGGCAGGCCAUCACCACGACACCCUCCACUGUGAGCGGGAGGCAGGCCAUCACCACGACACCCUCCACUGUGAGCGGGAGGCAGGCCAUCACCACGACACCCUCCACUGUGAGCGGGAGGCAGGCCAUCACCACGACACCCUCCACUGUGAACUGUGAACGGGAGGCAGUAUAAAUUGUUUGAACGCUGUUUUACUUUAAUUCAAAUAAAAAGGCAAGUCUUACCUUGCUUCUAAAGGAGCCUAGUCAAAAUCCAUCCAUAGAACCGUGGAGGAAAUUAUUUGAUAUAAAAAUAAACGUAGUCAUUCA